AUGAGAGUGCAGGUGUGGAAUUGUCAAAGUGUGGGGAGCCCCUUGACAAUUCCCCAGCUGAGAGAGGUUAAUAACCUCUUCUCUCCAAGUAUGGUGUUUUUGAGUGAGACCAAGAAUCGAACAAAAUACAUGGAAAAAGUGAAAAAUAUUUUAAGAUUUGAUGAGAUGGUUGUGGUGGAGGCAAUGAAUAAGGCAGGAGGAAUGGCUCUCCUUUGGAAAGAUGAGGUGAAAAUUUUAGAGGUUUUGACGACGGCUUUUACCAUAGAGGCUCAUGUGGAGGAUGCGGAAGUCAAUUCUGAUUGGUGGUUUAUAGGUAUUUACGCGAGUUGUGAUAACCAAAUCAGAAAACAACAGUGGCAAGUAAUAGAGCGUCUGAAGAGAUUGUGGGGAGAAAGAUGGUUGAUAGCUGGAGACUUUAACGAUAUUGUUUCCAAUGAAGAAAAAUGGGGAGGAAGUAGCCGGCUGGAAAGUAGCUUUCAAGACUUUAAGCAAUUCAUCAAUGGGAAUCACUUGUUGGAUAUUGGUUUUGUAGGACAUCCUUGGACCUGGAGUAACAAUUGGGAACAAGGAGGGGAUAUCAAACAAAGACUAGACAGAGGUUUAUGUAGCUAUCCCUGGUCACAGGUUUAUGAGAAAAUUCAUUGUACACAUAUAGCCUCUUAUGCAUCUGACCACAGCAUUCUUUUGUUUGACACCAUGAUGAAUAUUGGUAGGAGGAAGAAGAGAUUUUAUUUUGAUAAGAGGUGGCUAAAACGAGAUGAUAUUGGAGAGGUAGUCAGGUCUGCUUGGGAAAACGAAUUUAAUGGUUCACGGAUGUUUCAAGUGGUAAUGAAGAUAAAGAACUGCCGAGUAGCUCUCUUAAAGUGGAGGAAUAAUUUCCAAGCCAACUCACAAAAGGAUAUUGAGCAGAUAAAGAACCAGUUAAGUGUGGUGCAGCAAUUGCAAGGUAGCACCAGCAUGGGAAGCAUGGGCAGAAGAAGGAGAAAUAGAUUGAACAAACUGCAGCGAGAGGAUGGUACGUGGACUGAAAGUGAGGAGGCAGUGAGCACGGAAGUUGCAAAAUACUAUAGGAAAUUGUUGCAUAGCAGUGAUGUAGGGGACUUAACUGAGGGUAUUCCCCAUACUAUCUCUGAUGAACUCAAUGGGAACCUGAUGAAACCAGUGUUGGAAGAAGAAAUUAAAUAUGUUAUUUUCUCUAUGAACCCAGAUAAAGCUGCUGGGGUUGAUGGUCAUCUCUUGAAGAGUGUUAAUCAUACUGUGAUUACCCUCAUUCCCAAAGUGCUUAAUCCUACAUCCUUGAAGCAUUUCAGACCCGUUAGUCUCUGUACAACCAUGUACAAGGUCAUUGCUAAAAUUCUAGCAAAUAGGCUUAAAUGUGUCUUACAUAGCUGCAUCUGCAAAAACCAAUCUGCAUUCAUACCUGGUAGGCGAAUUUUAGACAGCAUUAUGGUCUCUCAUGAAUAUUUGCAUUACCUAAAUAACAAGAGACAUGGUAAGGAUGGGUUUAUGGCAGUGAAAUUGGACAUGUCUAAAGCCUACGACCGGGUGGAAUGGAGUUUUCUCGAGGCCAUUAUGCAAAAGAUGGGAUUCCACCACAAAUGGAGAACCUGGAUUAUGGAGUGUGUAAGAUCUGUAUCUUACUCAUUCAAUAUUAAUGGGGAAGUUAAAGAGUAUGCAGCAGAAACUAGGAAGAUUUCUGGGAUGAAGAUUAGUAGACAUGGUCCUUGUAUAACACAUCUUUUCUUUGCAGACAACUCCUUGAUUUUUUGCAAAGCGAAUAAGGAUCAGGCCACUGAAUUGAUGAGGGUGUUGCAGGUGUAUGCCUUGGGGUCUGGUCAGUUGAUAAAUUUGGAUAAGUCAUCUAUCCUUUUCAGUAAGAAUGUGAGCCCACAUGUGAAGCAUGAGAUUUGCCAAGUUAUGGGGAAUAUGCAAAGUGUUACUCAAGGCAAAUAUCUCGGCUUGCCAAUGGUGGUAGCUAGAUCUAAACAGCAGAUUUUUGGGUUUGUCAAAUCCAAUAUAAAACAGAGAAUGAGCAAGUGGAAUAACAGGUUCUUAAGUUCAGCGGGAAAGGAAGUCAUGCUUAAAUCAGUAGCCUUAACCAUGCCAACGUAUACCAUGUCUUGUUUCAAGCUCCCAUCUAGGUUAUGUAAGGAUCUCAGUUCCUUAAUGUCAAAUUACUGGUGGGGUGAGGCUAAUGGAAAAAAUAAGAUACACUGGUGUUCUUGGAGGAAGCUCACUCAGAGCAAGAACAUGGGAGGUUUAGGCUUUAAGGAUUUGAUGGCAUUUAAUGCAGCACUUCUCGGCAAGCAGGUUUGGAGAUUGAUAACUGUGCCCAAUCUUCUUGUUAGUCAAGUGAUGAAGGCAAAAUACUUCCCAUCCACCUCUACAUUUAGAUGCAAAGUCCCCAACAAUGCAUUUUGGUUAUGGCGGAGCCUUAUGGGUGCUAGAGAGCUGGUGAAUCUAGGAACGAGAAGAAAGAUUGGCAAUGGCAUGAACACUAAUAUAUGGGAAGAUAGCUGGAUUCCAGGUAAUCUAAAUGGAAGAGUGACUACCACGAGAGACAUGGACAAUGGGCUGCACAAAGUUCAUGAGCUGAUCUGUCACAAGACAUGGAAUACUAAUCUAGUCUUCAAGAUUUUUAAUCCACAAGAUGCUGAAAGGAUCCUGGCAACACCUAUAAGUCUAGCAGGGAAGGAAGAUAGGCAUUUCUGGAUAUAUGGGACUGAUGGAAACUAUUCAGUAAGUUCUGGGUAUAAAUUACAGGUAGGUCACGAGGAAAGGAAGCACAAUAGAAUCAAGAAGGAGACCUCUACAAGCUGGGAGGAUCAAACCCAAAGGCUAUGGAAGGACUUGUGGGAACUGAAGGUGAAGCACAAAUAG